AUGAAUGUUGUUGGUUUAAUAUCAGGAGGAAAAGACAGCUUAUACAAUCUUGUUUGUUGUUCCAAAGAUGGGCAUAAUAUUACUGCAUUAGCCCAUCUCAUACCACUUAAAAAACAAAAUAGUUUUAUGUAUCAAAGUGCAGGAUUUGAAUUAAUCCCUUCAAUUGCGAAAUGCAUGGAAAUACCAUUAAUUCAACAUCAAAUUAAAAAGCCAGUUAACGUUGAUGACUUAACUUAUACAUAUAACUCUAAUGAUGAAGUAGAAGACUUAUAUGAAUUAUUACAGGAAGCUAAAUCCAAAUUCCCAAAUAUAAAUGCAGUAUCUUGUGGAGCUAUUAUAUCAAAUUACCAAAAAAACCGAUUGGAACAUGUAUGCAAAAGAUUAAAUUUGCAAAUUUUGACUUACUUAUGGGGAAAAAAUCAAAAGGAAUUGCUACAAAAUAUGAUUAGGGAUGAUUUGAAUGCAAUAAUUGUGAAAAUUGCUUCAUUCGGAUUGAAAAAAAGUCAUGUUGGAAAAACAAUAAAAGAAAUGUACAAUUAUUUAGAAUUGAUGAGUGAAAAAUAUGGAUUAAACAUUUGUGGAGAAGGAGGAGAAUAUGAAACAAUUACGCUUGAUUGUUCACUUUAUAAAUAUAAAAUUAUAAUAGAAGAAUAUGAAAUAAUUCAACAUACAUAUGAUGUAAUAUGCCCUGUUUUUUUAUUAAAACCUUUGAAAUGGAAAUUGGAAAAAAAAUUAUAA